AUGUCCAUCGCUACAACUCAACAACAAAUUGCCUUCUUUGGGGCAACUGGUGGAUGCACAAAUGCCUGCCUGGUCCAUACCCUCAACGCCGGCUUUCACGCCACCACCCUCGCUCGCACACCCUCCAAACUCACCAGCAUGCUCCUCGCCCAAGGACUCGCCCAGUCUACCCUCGACAGCCAGUUGACCAUCGUCAAGGGCGACAUUUCUGAUAUCUCUGCCAUCAAGUCCGUCCUCACCAACAACUCCGCCACCUUCCAAGUCGCCUCGCAGAUCAUCUCGGGUAUCGGCGGUGCUCCUAAGAUACAGAAGUCUCUCCGUCGCCCCGUGACUGUCGACAACCCGGAGAUCUGUGCCACGGCAACCAAGAAUAUUGUCCAGGCCCUCCAGGAGAUCUACGAGGCACAACCUUCGACUGCUCAACACAAGCCCUCGAUUACGGUCAUCUCAAGCACUGGCAUCUCGGACGUCAAGGAGGAUGUCCCCUUUGGGUUCCGAACCCUGUAUCACGUCGGACUUGCCACCCCACACAAGGACAAGAAGGAGAUGGAACGCCUCGUCCUCGAGAACAGUGGAGCUGGAGGAGCAUUUUGCGGUGCAGUGAUUGUUCGCCCUAGUUUGCUGACGGGAGAUCAGUCAGUAAAGGGUGGAAAGGGGUGGGGGAAGUUGAAGGUUGGACGGGAGGAGGAGCCUGCUGUUGGCUAUACAGUUCAUAGAGCGGAUGUUGGGGAAUGGAUCUUUGAGAAGGUUGUGAAGGCUGGGGAUUGUGGUGAGAGUUUCUUUGGGCAGAAGGUUACUCUUACGACUCUUGAGUUUGACCUGUUCCAAAGCGAGAUUGCCAAGAUCGCGUAG